AUGGAAAAAGGUAAUGAGGCUACUCUCGAUCCUCACUAUUUGCAGUAAAAAUUAUUAACUUAGUUAGGAUCUAUGAAUAAUAUAUAGAGAUCUUAGGGAGAAAAAGGUGGAAGGAUAAAGCUUCACGAUUAAAAUAAGAUUUAAAUUUAUCAAGCUUCUAUCUAGUAAGGAGGAAGCCACCUUACGGAUUAAGUUCCUUAUUAUAAAUCGACUCAUAGCCAAUAUCUCCAAAAAGUAUAGAACUAAUAGAAAUUGUCAAUAAAAAUUCUAACAUUUUUGAAGUCAAAAAUAGCAUACAUUCUUCUCUCUCUUUCAUAUAAUGGAUUAGCAGUUUUAUUAUUUAUAGUGAAUUCUUAUUUAAUAGCCAGUGAGAUUAAUGUUGCUACUUCGUAUCGCAUAAUAAUAAAAUCAAUUCUUCUCACUUGCUUUACUUUGGAAUAUAUAGAGCAUUUGUUUAAUUCAUCAAACAAAUUGUAGGAAUUUUAGAAAUUUACUAUGAUGUUAGAUUUAACUACAAUUGUGAUUUUAUCACACGAUUUAUAUGGAAAUUUGAUGAAAAAAAAUAAUUUGCUAGAAGAUAAAUUUGUAUGGGCUUUGCUUUGUUUGAAGUUUUUGAAGGUCAAAACCUUAAUUUAGCAACUUGUUUUCAAAACUCAUAUAUAACCUAAUCCAGAUAAAAUGCCUAAAAUACUUCCAUAACAUGAAUAGCUCAAACAAGCAAUAUUUGCUACUGUUAUUAAUAUCUUUGCACUGUGUCUUAUUAACACUUCUGUUAUUCUGUUUGUUGAUGAAGCCUCAGGAGGAGAGCUGAUUCAGCCCUUCCACAAUCACAAUUUAAGAUUUCAUAAUGCACUUUACUUCUAAAUUAUAACUAUGACAACAAUUGGAUACGGAGAUGUCACUCCAAUUUAGACUUCUGGAAGAAUAAUUACCACAAUAUUUAUAUUAAUUUGUGCUGUUUUAUUCACUAAAUGGCUGGGGAAAAUCCUAAGCUUAGUUGCUAAGCAAGAUAAAACAGAAUCUUUGCUCAAAAAUAAGUCUUUUGAUAAUAUCGUAAUCAUAGGAAAUAUUUUUUCAAGCUCAAACCAUAUAGAAAAGUUCUUAAAAAAUCACUACUCCAAAAUUUAUGCUGAAAAAAAAAGUAAAUUCAACAAAAAGAUUGUAUUUGUGUCAACCACACCACCAAAGCAUGACCCUAAUUCAUAUAUAAAAUUCGAAAGCUUAAAAAUUAGCUACAAAAUACACAAAAUUAGAUACAUCAUUGUUUAAUCUUUGGAAAAUAAUUUGUAAUGGAUAAAAAAAGCUGGACUUAGUACAGCAAGCUGUUUAAUGUGCUUUAACUAUGAAGACAAAGAAAGUGAUGCUUAAAAUUCAGAGAGAAAUAUGAUUUUUUCUCUAAGCUUAAUAAAAAAAUAAUUUCCUGAUCUCAAAAUUUAUGUUUAUUUUACUACAGAUUUAAUUCUAAAUGAAACAAAGUUACUUGACUCCUCUAAAAAUUUUAUAUAAAGAAUUAACUGCAGAAAAAAAUACAUGAAUUACUGUUUAACAUAAUCAAUAGAAAAUGAUGGUGUAGGCUCAUUACUUUAAAUGCUCUUGUUUAACAAAGAUAAAAUUAAUUAGUAUUCUCUUAACUUUUUUGAGGGAUUAGGAGAAGAUUAAGAGAUUCAGCCUGUUAUUAAAAAUACUUUAAUAGAUUAUUAUUAAGGCUCAAAGAACUAAUUUUACUGUUUUCCUUUCCCUCCAUUUUUGAUUGGUGAGAGUUUUGUGAACGUAGCCAAGUUCUUAUACCUAUUUUAAUACACAAACUCUUAAUCAAACGAACAAAACCAAAAUAAUCACACUGGUCAAAAUGAAAUCAGAAUAAUUCUAUUGGGAGUGAAGUCAAAAUAGUCAAAGAAAGUUUAUCCGAAUCCUGGCCACUAUAGGAUUAAAGAAGGAGAUAAGGGGCUAUUUAUAGCACAAAAUGAAGCAUCUGUUAAUUUCUUCAAGAAUUUAAAUAUUUAGGCAAAAUAAUUUUUUGACUAAAACUUUGAAUAGCCUUCAUUAUAAAUUACUAUUGCUAACGAGAUUUUAAACGAAAUGAUACAUGCUCAAAUAACUUAGGCUAGAAGUACUGAUGUUGACUAAGAUACAACAUAUGUUAAUUUGUAUGAUAACCCUAGAAUUUUAAAUCUUACAAAUCAUGUGAUACUGGCUGGAGUCACUGAAGAAGAUAUUAUUGAUAUUUAUUAUAAUAUUCGUAAAGCAAAUUAAAAUAGAGUACUUGUAUUCCUCUAAGAAGAACCUUUCCAUUCAAUGCCAACAAGACUUAAGGACCAAAGAAAUUUAUUCUUUAUUUAAUGCAGCUUGAAGCUAGAGCAACACCUAAGAAUGCUUAAUAUUUAAUCUUCAGAAAAGGUUGUUAUCCGUUUAACUUCUGACUUAACAAAUCUUGAUGAUAUUAAGCUAUUUAAAUUUUAUAGAUUAGUUUAAGAAUUUUAUCCUAGUUAAAAGAUUUUACUUACAUUAAAUGAUGAAAAGUAUUUGGAUAUAUUAGACAGAAGACCAUUUUAAUAAAAGCUAACAUGGAUGUAUUGGCCAUAAAUAACAAGUGGCAAUACCAUAUUAGAACCUAUUCUCUUCCAUUCUAUGAACACGUUGAUAUAUUAUGAAAAAUCAGUUUCUAGUUUGAUAAUGUAAAUAGCAAGUAUAUCUGUUAGAUCUAAUCAGAAUAAUUAAGAACAAAACUCAAAUUUAUCAGCACUAAAUGAAAAUGUAGCCAACAAAUAAUUUGAACCUUAAUCAGCCAUGCCAUCUUAAUCCUUCCUUGGAGGAAACGAGAAAUACAAAGGAGGACUCUAUACUUUCACCAUUACAAAAAGGUGUGCAAAAGAGAUUAAGUAUUUUGGUGAUUUGCAAUACCACUUUUUAAACAGAAAAAGACCUUUUAUUGCAUUGUGUAUUUAGAAGAAGGCUUAAUAAAUCUAGUAGCCAAGUCUCUAAUAAAUGUAUGAUAUUCACUAAGAAGAUGAAGAUAAUAUCUCAGAAAAAGAUAAUCAGAAACAAAAAUUAGAUCAAUAGAAUGAUAAUUUCUAUUUUGAACACCAAAAUAAAAAGAUCAAGGGACAUCUCUUGUAAGAAUAAGUUGACAUUCUUAAGCUUAAUGCAGACUGUUUAUUGCUAAAUCCUCCACCAUUUUAUACUUAGCUAAAUGAAGGAGACAAAGUUAUUGCUUUGGGUAUAAUAGAUGGCUUAGAAGAUAGAAAUAUAAACUUAAAUGCUAAUUAAGAAGAAGAAUAAAAGGAUCAAAAUGAAAUAAUUCAAGCGAAUUAAUAACCUUAAUAAGAAUUAAAAAUGUGCAAAAAGAUUACUGAGGAGUAUACACCAGAGCUGUUCUAGUAGCAAUUGGCUUUAACUUAAGAUCUAAUAAAUGUUUAUCAAUCUUACAAUUAGAUGCUAAAUACUAUUUCUAAUUGCUGA